AUGUGGAAUGCAGAUGACGUACUCCGUCGCGAGAUCCGCUCGAACACUGACAGCCACUGCGAUGUAUCUAUUGUAAUCGACGACAUCCCUCAUUUUGACGUCCAAAUUUCCUUGUGGAUCGAAGUGAAACAGCACAUUGCAAUCGGUGUCCGGUUGACAGUUGGCUGGCGUUCCGAAGCACGAGUGUUCUUCGACGGAGCAGUCGAUUGUCGUGUUGUUGCACGAGACGAGUGUGACGAGAAGCACGGCGAGAAGACUUUUAGGGAUCAUUACCUGGAAUUGGGAGAAUUGGUGAAAAUCAGCUAA